CUCUCCGGAACCUGCGCGUCUCCCUUUGCGGUUCCGGUCGGAGCUACCCGGCGGCGCACGCAGACAUGGCUGCGCUGGUAGGGAGAGGUGUGCGAGACAUGCUGAAGCGUGCGGACUUCAUGACGGUCCCGCGGAGACAACGACAUAAGAAGAAAUGGGCUGCCACAGAGCCCAAAUUUCCUGCCACUCGACUGGCUCUGCAGAAUUUUGACAUGACCUACAGUGUGCAAUUUGGGGAUCUUUGGCCAUCGAUCCGGGUCAGUCUCCUCUCAGAGCAGAAGUAUGGUGCACUGGUCAAUAACUUUGCUGCCUGGGAUCGUGUGAGUGCUGAGCUGGAGCAGCUGAGUGCAAGGGACUUCGUGAAUGAAGCUAUCUUCCACGGGGAACCAGAACCUGAGAAUGGCCAAACUGCAGCUCCACCCACUUCCUCCUGGGCCUGCAGUCCAAACCUUCGAUGCUUCACUUUCGCCAGAGGGGAUGUCAGCCGUUUCCCUCCUGCCAGGUUUGGCAACCUGGGUGUCAUGGAUUACUACCUGAUGGAUGCUGCCUCCUUGCUGCCUGUCCUGGCCCUCGGCCUGCAGCCUGGUGACACCGUGCUUGACCUGUGUGCCGCACCUGGGGGAAAGACACUAGCAUUGCUUCAGACCGGCUGUUGCCGCAAUCUCGCUGCCAAUGAUCUCUCCACUUCACGAGCAGGCAGACUACAGAAGGUCCUUCACAGCUAUGUGCCUCAAGAUGUCAGGGAUAGGAAUCGAGUUCGAGUCACAUCAUGGGAUGGAAGGAAGUGGGGAGAACUGGAGGGGGACAUCUAUGACCGGGUGCUGGUGGAUGUGCCCUGUACGGCAGACCGCCACUCCCUUCACGAGGAGGAGAACAACAUCUUUCAGCCUUCAAGGAAGAAGGAGCGGCAGGUGUUGCCCAUGUUGCAGGUGCAGCUUCUUGCGGCUGGACUCCUUGCCACCAAACCAGGAGGCCAUGUUGUCUAUUCCACCUGCUCACUCUCACACUUACAGAAUGAGUAUGUGGUGCAAGGCACCAUCGAGCUCCUGGCCAAUCAAUACGGCAUCAAGGUUCAUGUGGAAGACCUGACUCACUUCCGAAAGCUUUUCAUGGACACAUUUUCUUUCUUCCCAUCCUGCCAGGUUGGGGAGCUGGUAAUCCCAAACCUCAUGGCCAAUUUUGGGCCUGUGUACUUUUGCAAAAUGUGUAGAAUGACGUAGCAUCACCCUGUUCCUGAAGUCCUGUUGUAAGAAGAUAAAGGGUGUACUCUUGUGGAGAACAGUGGCAGAGAUGCACUCUGGCCUAUCUCCAUCCCAUUCAUGUCUUUCUGUAGACAGUUUUCAGCAGUAGGAAGUAGAGUUUUUCUGUCCUGCUGUCCAAUUGUGGAGCAUCAGCACGUUUCUAACUCACUUAUUACACCCCACUUCCGACCCCUACUCCCCAUCUCUGAGCCUGUGCUAAAGGUUCCUGCCCCAUUAGGGGCUUAGGAGGAGGAACCAGUGAGCAAGGCCACUCUUUAAGCUGUAAACUUGGGAAGAAGCAUUUAGCCAAUAAAAUUGUUGAAGCU